GCACGUGGAGCCUCAGACAGAUCCGGACCAGGACCAGGACCAGAACCAGGACCAGGACCGGGCCUGAAGUCUUCAUGUCCCUGCGCACUCACAUCAAUAACGGACCGUCUCGUGCUCGCGCAUCUUCCGGCCGUGAGGCUCUGGUCCGCGCGGCUCCUACCGGUCCAGCAGGAGCUGGUGGCGGGAUCAGGGACCGGAAGUGCUGAUGACCUCCAGUUGCUUGGAUCACUUUGAUGGACUCUGACGUCACAUCAAGGCAUAGGAGCACAUCUGGAUUGAAGUAACUGCAGAUCUGCUGAUGACAUCAGGAGGAAAGAUGUGAGCAUCAGCAGUGACGUCAUCCGUGGCCUGCAGAUGGCAGCCUACAGCAGCCGUGACAUCAUAGAGGGUUACCUGCGGUGCAAGCUGCUGGAUGGGGGCGUGGCCUGGCGUUUCCCCAAGCAGAGGCAUUUCCCGUUCCCAUGGAGAUCUGAGGAGGGCGGGGCUCCGGGGCCCCUGCAGCUGGCCCUGCCCCGCCUGCUGGCGGCGUUACGGAAUGCCAGCGAUGAGCUAGAGGGGCGUUAUGGCAGUUCCCUGCAUGGCCAGGUGGCGGCGCUGUGUCACAGGGAACUCGGUGGCGCCACCGAACGACAAAGCCUGGCGCUGAUCCGGGACGAGCUGUUCAGGGACGGAGUGAACUGGGGACGAAUCGUGGCCAUGAUGGCGCUGGGAGGAGCCCUGAGCGCCCAGGCGGCCCGGACGGGCGAGACGGGUCAGGUGGACGACAUCGCCGACUGGAUGGAGGAGAGCCUGGAGGCCGCCGCACUGCGUACAUGGAUCCAUGACAACGGAGGAUGGGAGGCCUUCAUGGAGAUGUAUGAGUGCAGACCUCCAGACACCUUCUGGAGCGUGAGAACCGUCUUUGGGAUCGUUGUACUGGGAGCAGCUUUCAUCACACUGGGACUUCUCCUCGCUCAGAGAUAGGACCCGCUGAUACCUGGAGGUGCUUCCUCCAUCAGCUCCACUAAGGAGCCCAGUUUAAACCAAAGAGGAAGAAUCUCCAAAUGAAACGUUUAUUUUUAAGGGACAGUAAACAUGACAUUCCAGCACCAGAACUAUACGGCUGCAGUCAGCUGGACUGGUUCUGAUCAGCCUCCAGUCUGUGUUGAACUGGGUUUCUGUUCUGCAUGGACCAAAAAUCUAAACUAAAACUCUGACCGUGUUCAGAUGGACCAGAACCAAACCUGCAGGAGUAAAGAUGUCUGAGCUGCAGGUGGAGCCGCUUCUCCUUGAAGGUCCAGUUCAGAAGGAACCUGUCAGCAUCAAGCAUCAGAUGUUUCAUUUAGCAGAACUUUGAGAAGCUGUUUGUUAGCGAAGGCUUAAUAAAGGAAGCUAAUCAACAUUUGAAUUCCAGCCAGAAGAGGAUCAGAGAGGAGGAAGCCGUUUAUUUAAGGGAAUCCAGACGGAUCCAGGCUGCUGCUGCUGCUGGGAUGAUUGGUGGGAGAAGAUGGACGACCAGCUCGGCACCAAGGAUCAUUUUCACUUUCCUGGAACUUUGAUUGACUUCCAGCAAUUAUUCAGAUAAAGUUUGUGUUUUUGUUUUUAAGUUUUAUGAUUUCAUUGUUUUUAGAACAUUAAAUGUAAACUGUUGUGGUAUACUGUGAUGAGCGUCCUCAUCUCUGUGUUUCUGUCGCCACCUGGUGGUCAAAACAAAGAAUAACAGAGAGUUGGAGGUUUGAUCAGCUUUGCAGGACGUUGACUUUGGUUUCCGUUUGCUCUCAUUUUGGACAUUUAUGCUUUAAUGAGCAAAUAACAAAUAAAAAUAUAUUUUUAAAUGUAA